AUGGAAGCGCGGGCGACAAGGAUAACCCGGGAGGAGAAGAAGGAGCUCGACGUCCUCUCGCGCUACGUGCCUCGCAUCGUGCUCUCCAACUACAUUGCGUCGCGCGCCAAGCUCGAGGCGCCUGCGAUAGCAUCGUUUACGGCGGUCGUUGCCCUCUUUGAUAUCUCGGGCUUCUCAACGCUCGCCGACCGCCUCGCUCGGGAAGAGACCCACCGGGCGCCCGUGCCGACUGGCGCUGAGGCAAAGUCGCGCAUGAGCAUGACGGGGAAGCUCGACAUCUCGCGGUCCGCGAGCCAUCGGCGCGUGAGCACCGCGUCCGACAAGGUCUCGCUGCGCAUCGGCCACGACGUCGAUGACACCGCGCCGUCCUCCGACAAGCGCGGCAGCAUCGUUGGCGACAAGGCGAGUUUUCCCGAGCGGCAUAAUUCAACUGGCGAUGCGUCGGCCAAGAAAAGCAUGCCGGCGCGGGCCGGCAUGGCCGUCGAGCAGCUCACGCGGCAUCUCAACCAAACACUCGCUCCCGUGAUUGACAUCAUCACCGAGCACAACGGCGACAUCAUCAAGUUUGCCGGCGACGCGAUGAUUGUCAUGUGGGAGACCGAAUCGUCCGCGCCUCGUACCGACAGUACGCCAUUAACUCCCGUCGACCACGGGCUGCUCGUGCACACUGCAAUACUGUGUGCGCUCAAGGUUCUCGGCAUGCUGCGUGGUCAGCCGGCCGGAAGCCACCGGCUCGGCAUGCACGUCGGCAUGGGUCUUAGCACAGUCACUGGGAAUCACGUCGGUGGCCUCUUGAACCGAUGGGAGUUUUACGUGGCGGGUCACGCCAACCAGCAAAUGUCCAUGGCCGAACACGACGCGGGCGAGGGCGAGCUCGUGGUCUCGUCCGAGUGCUACCACGCGCUGGUAGCGUCUGCGGCGAUUGAAAACCUGGCUGUGCAGUCAACGGUGCUCCUCACGGGCAACUACCGCAUCGACAGUCUCGAGAGUAAUACGCCGCGCGUGUACCCGACAAGACCAUUAGAGCUCUCGGGGGACCUUAUUCCGCUCAUCAAGUCGUACGUCCCCGGCUGCAUCUCGCUCUCGCUUGGGAAAGGGAAGCUUGUGAUCAACGGCAUGCGCUCGAUCACGGCGAUCUUUAUCAAGUUUAGCGAGAUUUUAACGAUUACGGACCCGCAAGCGCAGCUCUUGGAGGUGCAUCGCUGUCUCUGCGCCGUGCAAGACGCCGCCUACCGCGUGCACGCUACAAUCCGACAAUUUCUCAUCGAUGACAAGGGCGCCGUGGCCAUCGUCAUUGUCGGGCUGCCCCCGUUCUACCACGAAAACAACGCUCUACAUGGCAUUCGCAUGGCACUCUACCUGCAAGAGAAAGGUGUCAAAGCCUGCAUUGGCAUCACGUCCGGGCCCGCGUUUUGCGGCAGCAUCGGCAGCGCGGUGCGGGCCGAGUAUGCGGUCGUGGGCGAUACAAUCAACCUCUCGGCGCGGCUCAUGUCGGUGGCGUUGCCCGGCCAAAUUCUCUGCGACGAAGCGACGCAGUCGGCAACCACAACGUUAUUUGAGUUUGACCAAGGCUCGCCGGUGCUCGUCAAGGGAAAAGGGACGACGAUCACCGUCUUUCGAGUCUUUCGCGAUGCAAAUACCGACAACAAGGCGCACCCGCUCGACCAUGGCGAGAUCUUCUUGUCGCCCGACAUUUACGUCAAUGUGAUCAAGCGGGUUCAAGCGUUUGCUGCUCGGUUUCAAUCGACCGACUCGUCGCAUAUGCCGUCGGAGCAACUCGACCCGCUUCAGAAGCGAGUCGUCUUACUUCGGGGGCUUACCGGUGUCGGCAAGUCGUGCCUCUUGCGCCACUUGACCAAGGUCCACCCCAACGUCGUGUAUGCCGCCGGGGACUCGGUGGAGAAGAACACACCCUUGUAUAUAUGGAAGAAACUCAUGAGCACCAUCAUCUGUGGCACCAACCGCGUCAAAGCCCACCGCGUCGAAGAGUCGGAUGCAGGCUUCGUCGUCCUCGGCCGCCGACUCUCGGUGCUCGAUCAUAACAACAAUGCUUCGAGAUCGCCCAACGGCAGCGGCCAGACAUUGGCGACGGCAGGUAGCAUGCGGUCGCUGCCACCGACCGUUAGUGGCAGCGCACGCGCCUUGACGCAAAACACUCUCGCGCGCGGUGUGUCGUGGCGGACCAACACUUUGGCGCCGUCGCCAUCGGGGCGUAUGAUCGACGUCAUCGUUGUCAACACGGAAAAGUCGCGAUUACCCGGCGCCGUCGUCACGAGCAAGAACAGCGGCAACAACGACGACGACGACAACGACGACGACGACGACGAUGGUGACGAUGAUGACGACGAUGAUGACGACGAUGCAAACGCCGACCGAUCGCGCGUCGAGUCACUCGUGUCGGCCGUGCGUAUUGAUCAGUCUAUCGCGCUCGGUAGCGGCCUUGCGUUUGUGAAUUCGGUUGUGCAGUCGGGAAGCCUCUCGCCCGAGCUGCUACCGUUGCUCAAUUUCUUCAUUCCGCACUGCUUUCCCGAAAACAACUAUACGCUCGCGCUCGCGGCCAACAAGGACGCGCUGCUCAAGGAGCUGAUCGUGAUGGUCGUGGCGAUCCUCCAGCAAGCGUCCAUGAGUCGCCCGCUCCUCUUCGUCGUCGACGAUGCGCAGUGGGUCGACGGACAAAGCUGGGACCUCCUCACGACGGCCGCAAGUGUCUCGAGCAACAUUGCAGUCGUCGUCGCCCACCGCACGGACGCGGCACCGAGCCACGACGCGUUCAAGAAGCUCGAGAUGGCACCACUGACUUUUCGGUAUGAACUGAGCAACCUCAGUCUUCGCGACACGUCGCUCUUUCUGAGUCAUCGGUACGGCAUCGCUAUCAUGAACUCGUACUUGCUCGAAUUCGUCCACGGCCGCGCCCAUGGCAACCCGCGCGACACGAUCACGCUCAUGGAGCGGCUCCUCGAAGUCGAAGCCAUCGAAAUUGAUGUCACGCGCGGUGUCUGCCAUGUCCACAAGGACGUUCACGAAGUCGAUAUGGAGGUGUCGGUGCAGACGCGUGCCAAGGUCAUGUACCACUACGACUCGCUCUCGAUGAUCUCGCAGCUCGCACUGCGCAUUGCGAGCGUCGGCCUCGAGUACGUCUCGCUCGACUGCCUCUCGUUUGUGCUGCGCACGGUGUUUCAGCUCGAAGCCGACAGCAGCUUUGCACCAAAAGCGUCGUACGACGGCAGCGUCCACAGCGGCGGCUCGACACGGCUGCUCGCACAGACAGUCACUAUCCAAGCGCUAAGUGGACUUGGUCCGCUCGAAGCCGCCGGCAUCCUCAAACUUGACAAGCACAACGAGACCAUCGAGUACACGUCGUCCGAAGCCCGCACCGUUGUGUACAAUGUCAUGCUGCCGUCGCAGCGGGAGGUUAUCCACAAGGUCUUUGCCAAUUGGUUUGAAUACGAAGUGCCCAGCCACCGGCUACCGCGGUUCCAGUACUACAGCCAUCUCGCGUACCAUCAGUCGCGCUGCCGCAUGUACACCGAUGCAAUGGACCACUACUGCCGCGGCGCCGAAGAAGCCCUGCUGCGCGGCGUCUCGGACUAUGCCCUCACGUGUCUCACCUCCGCCGGUGACGUGUUGGCGCUCACCGACGCGACGUUGGGGGGCAGCGGGUCGAGUGGCCGCCACUUGGCGCUGGUCGGGUCGAGUGACCGCCACGCGGCGCGGCGCCUAUCGCGCCUAUCGCGCGGCCCGUCGCUCCACUUUGCGUCUAACGAUGAAAGAAUCACAUUGCACCAAUGCAAGAUCGAGUACCUCACGGGCCUCGUCAUGGUUCAAAAGUCCGAGUGGACCGCCGCCAUCGAACACUUUCAAGCCACGGUUGCCAUCUACGAGCACCUUGUCAGCGGUCGUCCAAAGCCGACCACGUGGCGCAUUCCGGCCUUUCUCCAUUUCCCGCGCUUCUCCAAGUUGCUCUUCUGUCGGUCGUCGCCCGUCGGACCCUUCCAGCACCCACCCACAACAGCGCUCGCCGACCAAGUCGAGGCGUACGUCCGCGUGGCCAAAGCGCUUGCGGCGCAGAUCGUGGCCGCCGAAGCCGCGCGUGAAAAAGCCAGCAACGCGAUUCGUCUUCUCGGGCUCCGAAGCAUCUUUAGCGCCAAGCCGCCAUCAGGUACGACGUCCGAGGCCACGUUUGUCGCCUUUCUGCCCGGGCGAAAACCCCGGCAGAAGCUCCAGCGCAACAUUAAGAUGGACCUGUCGACCGAGGCAUCCUCCCGGCGCAAGCUGCCGAUCAAGCUCCUGUCGCAGUCGCACCUCUUUUCAUCCAAGCGCGGGCUCCUGGCACCGGCCGUUGUGUCGCCCUCGGACGACCGCGGCUCGACCAAAAUCCCGCCAUCAAUGGUACCACCCAGCUCCGAGCUCAUGGAUCAACGCCUCGCGUCGACCAAGGUCGCUCCGCCAUUAGCCAGCGAUGUCGACGCUGCAUUGGCGCCGCUGCUACCGAUCGAGCGGCGAGCACCCGUGUAACCAAAUAGCAGACCGC